AUGUCAAGUAUAAUUUAUUCUUGGGUGUCGCAUGAGUUGAACGUACAUGGUCAGCCACUGGAGAAGUUAUUUGCAAACGGUUACUUUUUGGGAAAACUUCUACACAAAUAUAACAAAUUUCAGAAAUUCUAUCUCCUAAAAAAUUCCAGCUCACCGGAAUCGGUUAUUCAAAAUUUUUCUUACUUACGAUCAUCACUCUACGAAAUGGGAAUAAAUAUUGAUGCACACCUAAGCCAUGACAUAAUCACCGAAAAACCUGGUAGUAUACAACAAGUUCUGUACCAGAUUUACGUCAUUUUAAGUGGUGUGGAUGGCUUCAACCGAUGUGAUACUAUCGAUUUCUGUAAUUUUGAGCAUACACAAUUUAUUACUCUCCAAAAUCUGUCUUACAAGAACCAAUUAAGGCAACUCAUUCCGAGACAAUCCGAUGUUAGUUUGGCACAAAUUCUGUCACGUUAUGAACGACAAAUGAAAAUAAAUGAGAAACGAAUUAAAGAAGCUGAUUUGAUGGAUACAUUAGAAAAAGAUGCUCUCGUCCAAAAACGUCGAAAUUCAAGACUUCAAAGAAGUCAUGACUUGCGUAUGAUGCAAUCUGAAUUAAUGGCUAAAUUAGAAGCAUCUAUCAUCAAUUUACCAAAAUCUGUUCGGAAGAAACUAACAACUAAAAGUAUGGACAGGCAACAAUCCAAGCAAACACAUACAAAUGGCAUCAUUUUAAAAGAAUUGGAUGAAUUUGACUCACGUAAAGAAAAAUGUGAACUGUAUAACAGCGAUGCGUCAAAAACAGGAGAUAAAUCUAGCGAACAAUUAAGUCCAAAUUUAACACAUAACACCUUAACAGACGAUUUUAAUAAAGCGGCAAUGAAUUAUAUGAAACAAAUUCAUAGAAAAGUUCACGAAGAGAAAAAAGCAAUAUCUGAGCGUCAAAAAAGAAGAAGACGAGUUAUUAUGGAUAUACUGGAAGCGAAUCACAUUCGACAAGAGGAAGUCAGAUCAGAGCAAAUUAUGCAACGAUUAUCACGUCAGUCUCAUUUAGAAAGUCGUAUUUCUGUACAAUUAGAACAAAUUAAACAAGAAAAAUCAGUAAUUUUGGAAAAUCGUCUUGAACGAGAGCGACAAUAUGAAACUAGAAGAGAAUUAGAGUUUCAAUUAGCAAUGGAUCAUGAAAGAGAAAUGCUGCUUCAACAAAAAAAGGAAGAAGAAGAGAAACUUACUAUAUUAAAACAAUUUUGGUUUGAACAAAAAGCUAAACGACAACAAGCUUCUUAUAAGCGUCAUUAUGAAUUUAUUCAAAAUGAUAUCAUACCAUUAUUACUACAAUUUGUUAUGAAUGUUGCUGAAUAUCGGAUGUUCACAGGGAAGCUGAUUCCAUUAAGACUUUUCCGCCAAUGGAAAAUCGAAUUCGUAAACGGUCUGUUAGUGAACGACGCAUCAUCAACAGAGGAUCAGACAGACGAUCCUGUUGAAGAAGAAAUGUCGAAUGUGGCUAACCAACUUAAACUAAAAAAGAAUCAGAUUAUAGAAGAUCAACAAGAAUUACUAGAUGAUUGUGAUUUGGAUGAGUAUCAGAAUCUUACUGGCGACUGGAAUCUAGACAAAAUUGGUACACUCUAUAUGAAAUCAUUGCCGAAUGAUUUAAUUCCCCAUGUACAAGGUAAACCAGUUGAAUGGAUUGACUUCAAAGAUGAAUGUAAAACAAGCGAAUUCAAACUACCAAAUGAUAUCAAUCUAAUAAAAACCAAUCGAGUUUUAGAAUGGAUAAUCAAACGUUUAUAUAAAAUAAAUUUUCCACCAACCACUGAAUCAAAUAAAUCAGAUUUACCUGAAUUCCCUAUUAAAUUAGCACUACUUGGUAAACCUUUAAGUGGCAAAACAACUAUAAUAAGCCAGUUGGAAAAGAAUAAUCGAUGUGUUGGAAUCAAUCCAUACAAACUUAUAGAAGAGGCAUUAAAAGCUUAUGAAAAUAAAGAAACUGACGAAUGUUUCAAUACACCCGUUGAAAGUCCUAAAUUAGCUGGAACAGAAACCUCUCCAACAGUCACACUGUCAGCUAAAGCGAAACUCGGUGAAAUGUUAUGGAACGAACUAAAAGUUGGAAAAGAAAUCUCCGACGAUCUUUUAGUUGAUUUAGUAUAUGAAAAAGUUAAAACUCUUCAGCCAACAAGUGGUUUUAUACUAGAUGGAUUUCCAACAAAUUAUAAUCAAGCUAAAUUGCUGGAACAAAAAUUAACCGGAAGCACUACAUUAACGAAUACCAACACAUCAAACAACAAUUCACUACUUCUAGACGUACAAAACUCAACAGAUUCGAAAUUUAAAAAUGGUUUAGAUUUGAUUAUUUUACUAGAUAUAUCAGAUGAAUUAGUUUUAAAACGUAUAGCACAUACAACAUUAUCCAAAACAGCAUUGAAUGAUUCUUUGACAAAAUAUACAACCGGUGAAGAAAUACCAUACGAUAACCAAGUUGAUAUACGAACGAAUACAUCAUCUAAUCAUAUUCAUACUAUGAGUAAUAAUUCAGAAAUGGACGAAAAUAAGAAUUCAACUUAUUCCGAUAAUUUUAAUUAUUCUUCAUAUAUUUUACAAGAAACACAGGGUAAUAUACCGGAACGGUUAGUUAAUUUCAUUCAGUCUUGGCCAAAAUUGUAUAAAUUUUAUCAAAAACAAAUUUCAAAUUUAUGUGUUGUUCAUUUAACAGAUUUAUUACAUAAUACAAAAUUUUAUCAUUAUGAUUUAGAAAAUAAUGAUGAAUCGAUGAAAUUAGCUGUUUAUUUAGAAAUUGAAAGACAAAUUGAAGAAUUUAUGAAACGUAAGGAAAACAUCUCUUUGAUUAAAACAAAGUCGGUUGAACAGAUGGAAUUCACUGGAAACGAUCCAACCGUUGUAAUAAAUGUUGGUAAAAAUACUGAAAAGGCGAAUGAUGAUGAUAAAGAGGCAGAUAGUAGACGUACAUUGUUUGCAAGUUCUACUAUAGGAUCAACUAAUAAUGAUGAUCAAAAUGAUCAUAGUAAUAAAAAAUCAGAUUUACAGGAUUAUAACAUGAAAGACGACAAGUUGAAAGCUAGAAAUGGUAGCACUAACUCACUGCGUUCGACUCAACGUCCUAUAACAGCUAAAACUUCAUCUAGUGGUAAAAACUCUACAACUUCUAGGCAAAGUAAUCGUAGUAAAAAAGAGGGAAGUGCUGAAAGUCAAAGGAAAACAGGGGGAAGUAGAUCUCAAUCAGCAGGACGAAGUAUUCAGAACUGCGAUAAUAAAGACAGACGAAUAAAUUCAAAUGAUCGUGACAAACAAUUGGAAUCAAUUCAAAAAGAUAAAUCAAGAAGUCGCUCUGGCAGCGAAAAGAAACAAUCAAAGAAAACAAAGUUGAAAUCUACUGAUUCACCUCAAUCAGUUAAGAAAAAUGAUAAAGAACAAACGGUUACUUCACAGCCAGAUUUACCACAACCUGGCGAUGAAAAUUAUCAAUUCGUCGAGUUGCCAGUUAUGAACAAAUCUGCCCAUAUAUUAUGGGAAUUAUGGAAUAGCACAGAAGCUAUAUACAAUCAGAAUUUGAAGUCGAUUUUCCGCCAAAUGCGUUAUCUGAAUUCAAACAUUAUACCACAUAUGCAUCACAUUAAACAACAGUUUUAUAAUUAUUUAUACAGACCUGAUUCGAAACAACAUUUCCUUAGCCAGUUCAUUAGUACAUUUAAUUCUCUGUUGAAUGAAAUGCGUUCAGAUAAGGAGACCAAAGCUGAUUUACAUUGUCGAACAGAUGAUCUGCGUGAUACUUUAUAUGAAAUUAUUGAUGAAACAAAACAAGCUAAUGAAGAUCGUUUGAAAGUUUUGCUCGAUAUACCUGGUUGGUUUACAGAUCAGCAAAGGUUGUUGAUUAAUUUAUAUUUAUCAUUAUUUCAAAUUGAAUUAACACGUUUUCAAGAGAAUGCACAAUUAAUAAAGGAUUAUUACAACGUAAUGGAAGCUAGACCUCAAACAAUUGAAAAUGAAUCUAUUCAAGCUUUAGUGGGAACAAUCGACGCAAGUCACAUUGAAUAUACACGAAUACCAUUAAUUAAACUUCCUGAUGAAACUGUAGAAGAUGAUGAUAGUUCCGGAUCGCGUAAAAGUACAUCAACAAGACAAAAUUCUUCAAGAUCUAGUUCAAACAAAUUGAAUAAAUCAAAACUAAUGGAUUCAGGCAACACUGUUUUGUCAAAAUAUUCAACUCCAAUUGAUACGAAAUUUGAAAUUUUACCUAGUGAAUUUCGUAGUCAAAUCAAUUUAUUGAAUCAGAAUUCAUCAUUACAAGAAAUAUUUGCAGCAUUCAGUAAAAAUGGUUUACCUUUGAUUAGUCAGACCAUUUCAACCAAUCCACCAAAUCAAAAAGGGGCCAAACCUGGUGCUGUUAAAGCAAAUUCAAUUCAAGAAAAAGUGACCCUUUCAAAUCCAAUCAAUCUUCUUUUAGACAAACCGACUCCAUCUACAGACCCAUCAAUUCAAUUCUUAUAUAAUGUUUUUUUAGGUGUUAUGCAAACUAUUUUGAAUCAGGUACAAGCAGAACGGAAGUCUAGAGCAAGUGAAGCUAUGUUGGAUGGUUAUACAGUGGAAUUACUACUUAAGCCUACAGAUACAAAAGGUGGCAAAUUAAGUUCAGCAGAUAAAAAUAAAGGUGGGCAACCUCGUAAAGGACAAAGAAAAUCGGUGGUACCUAAGGAAAAGGGAUCUAAACCUGAUGAACAAGCAACUACUCCAGAACUAACUGAAGAAGAUCAAAAGGCUAGGGAAGUUAGACAACAUAUUAGAGAAGAACAUAUAGCUGCGCUAGAAAAGGAAGGCCAGCAAGAUUUUCAUCGACAUUGUAGGACCUGGUACGAACGUGUGUCAGUCCAUGUUUUUAAACUUCAUAUCAGUACGUCUAGUGAAGAAAUUAAAAAGACGUAGUGUAUGAUAGAAAUAAUUGUAACUUCAACGAAAAUCUGAGUAGAGAUAUGAUUUAAAGGAACAAGCAAGAUGAAAUGAUGAAAAUUUAGGGAUGAACACCAACCUUUGGUUCUGAAGAAAAGGGAAUGAAUGGAACAGCAACUAAUUUUAUUCUAUGAAACCCAAUACUGGUUGCGAAAUUUGUGCGAGCCCUAUCUAGUAAACCAACAUCCACCAAAGUGGUCUAGAUCG